AAGAGAGUGGCCAGGGUGCGGCUCUGUGAUCUCAGGGCGGGGGCUCCGCCUCUCGCGGGCUGGGGCUGAGGAUGCGGUCCCCUUCCCUGUAGUGGCACCUGGGCAGGGCCUUCUGGGCUGGCAGACCGCGGUCUGCCGUGUGUUCCCUGGGCCAUCCUGGGCCUUGGGGCUGGGGCUCUGCUCUGAGCUCCAAAGGCACCGGCUCUGUUCGGGAGUGGCCCUGCUGUGGGCUGGGCUGCUCAGGGGGAGGGGGGCCGGCUGAGCAGCCCCCAGGUCUGCUUGGCAUGAGCCUCAGUCUCCCACCUCCACUGCUGGGCCUCACUUCCGCCGCUGGGGUGCGAGCGUGGCAGCCCCGAUAAGCGGUGCUGCUUCCUCUGGGGAAGGAAGGGAGGUUGGGGCCACGGGUGCCGCGAGCUCACCCUGCUGGGGCAGCCGAGCACCGAUGGACCUCAGCCGCGGCCGGCCGGGGGACCAGGAAGACGGCCCGGGGCCCGAACUCCCCGGAGGCCUGCUGUGGGAACAGAUCGAGCCCCCAUCCCACCACUUCUCCCCUGAAGAGCGGGCCCUGCUCUACGAGGAAGCUGUCUACACCAUCCUGCACCGCCUGGGGCAGCCCGAGCCCAACCAUGUGACUGAGGCCUCUGAGCUGCUUCGAUACCUGCAGGAGGCCUUCCACAUGGGGCCCGAGGAGCACCAGCAGCUGCUGCAGCAGGUCCAGAAGCUUGAGAAGCCAAUAUUUUGUCUGAAGGCGACAGUGAAACAAGCCAAGGGCAUUCUGGGCAAAGAUGUCAGUGGACUCAGUGACCCCUACUGCCUGCUGGGCAUUGAGCAGGGGGUGGGCGUGCCGGGGGACAGCCCUGGGUCCCGGCACCGGCAGAAGGCUGUGGUGAGGCACACUAUCCCGGAGGAGCAGACCCACCGCACCCAGGUCAUCACCCAGACCCUCAACCCUGUCUGGGAGGAGACCUUCAUCCUGGAGUUUGAGGACAUAAGCAACUCAAGCUUCCAUCUGGACAUGUGGGACAUGGACACUGUGGAGUCUGUCAGACAGAAGCUCGGGGAGCUCACCGACCUGCACGGGCUGCGGAGGAUCUUUAAGGAGGCCCGGAAGGACAAAGGCCAGGAUGACUUUCUGGGGAACGUGGUUCUGAGGCUACAGGACCUGCGCUGCCGGGAGGAUCAAUGGUACCCUCUGGAGCCCUGCACCGAGACCUACCCCGACCGCGGCCGGUGCCAUCUGCAGUUCCAGCUCAUCCACAAGCGGAGAGCCACGGCGGCCAGCCGCUCCCAGCCCAGCUACACGGUGCACCUCCACCUGCUGCAGCAGCUCGUGUCCCACGAGGUCACCCAGCACCAGGCGGGCAGUACCUCCUGGGAUGGGUCGCUGAGUCCCCAGGCUGCUACCAUCCUCUUUCUACACGCCACGCAGAAGGACCUGUCCGACUUCCACCAGUCCAUGGCGCAGUGGCUGGCCUACAGCCGUCUCUACCAGAGCCUGGAGUUCCCCAGCAGCUGCCUCCUGCACCCCAUCACCAGCAUCGAGUACCAGUGGAUCCAGGGCCGCCUCAAGGCCGAACAGCGGGAGGAGCUGGCCGCCUCGUUCAGCAACCUGCUGGCCUAUGGCCUGUCCCUCAUCCGGAGGUUCCGGUCUGUUUUCCCCCUCUCUGUCUCCGACUCCCCAGCCAGGCUGCAGUCUCUUCUCAGGGUCCUGGUACAGAUGUGCAAGAUGAAGGCCUUUGGGGAACUGUGCCCUGACAGUGACCCGCUGCCCCGCCUGGUGGCCGAGGCGCUGCGGACCGGCACCGUUGAGUGGUUCCACCUGAAGCAGCAGCACCAUCAACCCAUGGUGCAGGGCAUGCUGGAGGCAGGCAAGGCCUUGCUGAGCCUGGUGCAGGACAUCAUUGGCGACCUGCACCAGUGCCAGCGCACAUGGAACAAGAUCUUCCAGAACACCUUCAAGAUCAACCUCUUCUCCAUGGCUUUCCUAGAGCUGCAGUGGCUGGUGGCCAAGCGGGUACAGGACCACACGGCCACGGUGACGGGCGGCCCCGUGUCCCCAGAGAUGGGCGAGAGUCUAUUCCAGCUCUACGUCAGCCUCAAGGAGCUCUGCCAGCUGGGUCCGGUCCCCGCAGAGAGGGAUGGAGUCCUGGCUCUGGAUGGCUUUCACCGCUGGUUCCGGCCCGCCAUCCCCUCCUGGCUGCAGAAGACGUACAGUGUGGCCCUGGCGCGGGUGCAGCGGGCUGUGCAGAUGGAUGAGCUGGUGCCCCUGGGGGAACUGACCAAGCACAGCACGUCAGCCGUGGAUCUAUCCACCUGCUUCGCCCAGAUCAGCCAUACCGCCCGGCAGCUGGACUGGCCGGACCCAGAGGAGGCCUUCAUGAUCACUGUCAAGUUUGUGGAGGAUACCUGUCGGCUGGCCCUGGUGUACUGCAGCCUCAUAAAGGCCCGGGCCCGGGAGCUCUCUGUGGGCCAGAAGGACCAGGGCCAGGCAGCCAACAUGCUAUGCGUGGUGGUGAAUGACAUGGAGCAGCUGCGGCUGGUGAUCGGCAAGCUGCCCGCGCAGCUGGCCUGGGAGGCGCUGGAACGGCGGGUGGGGGCUGUGCUGGAGCAGACGCAGCUGCAGAACACGCUGCAUGCCCAGCUGCAGGGCGCGCUGGCCGGGCUGGGCCACGAGAUCCGCACUGGCGUCCGCACCCUGGCCGAGCAGCUGGAGGUGGGCAUUGCGAAGCACAUCCAGAAUCUCGUGAGUGUCAAGGAGUCUGUGCUGCCUGAGGAUGCCAUUCUGCCCCUGAUGAAGUUUCUGGAAGUGGAGCUCUGCUACAUGAACACCAACUUGGUGCAGGAGAACUUCAACAGCCUUCUGACCCUGCUCUGGACCCACACGCUCACCGUGCUGGUGGAAGUGGCCACCUCCCAGAGGAGCUGCCCCCUGGCCUCUAGCAGGCUGAAGACUGCGCUUCAGAAUCUGGAGAUCUGCUUCUACGCAGAGGGCUGUGGCCUGCCACCUGAGGCCCUGCACACAGCCACCUUCCAGGCUCUGCAGAGGGACCUGGAGCUGCAGGCAGCUUCCAGCAGGGAGCUCAUCCAGAAGUACUUCUGCAGCCGCAUCCAGCAGCAGGCAGAAACGGCUUCUGAGGAGCUAGGCGCGGUCACAGUCAAGGUCUCCUACCGCGCCUCUGAGCAGAAGCUGCGGGUGGAACUGCUCAGCGCCUCCAGCCUGCUGCCCCUGGACUCCAACGGCUCCAGUGACCCCUUUGUCCAGCUGACCUUGGAGCCCAGGCACGAGUUCCCUGAGCUGGCACCCCGGGAGACGCAAAAACACAAGAAGGAGCUUCACCCCCUGUUUGAUGAGACCUUUGAGUUCCUGGUGCCUGCUGAGCCAUGCCGGAAGGACGGAGCUUGCCUCCUGCUCACGGUGCUGGACCACGACACGCUGGGGGCUGAUGACUUGGAAGGGGAGGCCUUCCUGCCGCUACGCUCAGUGCCCGGCCUGACUGGGACAGAGGAGCCUGGCGAGGUCCCUCAGACCCGUCUGCCCCUCACCUACCCCGCACUCAACGGGGAUCCGAUCCUGCAGCUGCUGGAGAGCCGGAAGGGUGAUCGGGAGGCCCAGGUGUUUGCGAGGCUGCGGAGGCAGCGAGCCAAGCAGGCCUCCCAGCACGCCCCGAAGCUAGGGCGGUAGCGGUGGAGGCUGGGGAUGGGGUUGGGGGCCUGAAACGUCUGGGUUCUCCCCACCAUAGCGCACCCCACCAGCCUGGCCUCACGCUCUGGAAGGGCCCUGCAAGUCUGGGGACCCAUGUGCGGAAGGCCCAGCAUGCAGAUCCCCUCUGGUCCUCCUGCCAGAGGGGCCCGUGGUGCUGGUGCCCCGGUCGUAUUUACACCCCCUCCUCCCUGCCUCCAGCCCUGGCCUCAGCAUCCUCCACCGCAUCUCAGCCCCAGCAGAUGGGGGCAGCUGUCUGCACCUCCUGCCCCGGGUCUCCUGUUUGGGAAAAGCUGCUCUGGCAGAAAGCGCUCUGCUCUUUCUGGCGUGUGGAUUCCAUUCAUGGGGGGGGAGGGGAGGGAAGGGACCGACCCCGCCAACAACCAAAGAUGAGGCUACUGGUGCCCUGAGAGGGGGGAGCCUGGCUCCUCCCGAGGUGGCUACCGACAGCCUUCUGGCUCUGAAGAGGUGAGGACUGGCGGGCAGAGGGGCUGGCUGGCGUGGAGGAGCAGGAGCAGGCAGGACCGCUUGGCCAACCGUGUCUCCUGUGGACCCCUCCCUGGGACCGUACCUGCCACUUAGAAACUUUCUUAGCAAAAAUAAAAAACCAAAACCAAAUAACA